AUGAACACGUCAGGGCUUCAGGCCAACGACGGGCAGAACGUGAAAGAGCUGGACACCAUGAAGGAAUCUAUCAGUGACAUUAUCAACCAGCUUCAAGACAUCGACCCGUCCAGGCUCUCCUUCUCCCCUUUCUUGGACCUGGAUACUCAGAUCUGCAUGGCACCCGUGUCAGACAGCCCAGAGUCUUCGGUGGAGGAGCUGCGCUCAUCCUCGGGAUCCCAGGGCUCUCUGGAACCGCCUCCAUUGGCUGAAGAGACAAAGAGCCUCUGUCUCCAGCAACCCAACAAUGGCCUUCACGAGGCAGAAGUGAAAUCUGGAAUGCACCUGAUGUCUCUUUCCACUCCAAUCACCGCAAAGCACAAUUUGGCCACACCAGUGGAAAACUGCCUUGGCGGUCCAACCAUGUCUUCUGUAGACAUCCCCAAUGGCAAUGACACAAGGAAAUUGAGCUCUGAACCCCUUCAACCUGACGGUUUUUCAGAUGAGGCCCAAGCCCUGGUUGAUGCACCCCCAGACAGUGUAGAGCUGUCAGUGUGGAGCCCAGAAGGUGGGCUGGACACCACAGCAGACACACACGAGGCGUCCGCACGUGGUCGGCGCUGCUGCUCGGGUAAAUGCUGUAUGCGAGGAAGAGUUUGCGCAUUUCUCUCAAUGCUGGCCUCAUUCUUCUGUGCACUCGGGAUUCUCCAUGCACUUGACACCUAUGUCGUCGUCAUUCUCCCCGACUGCUCCUCUGACACCUGCCGGGUCAUCUUCACUCUCUGUUGCUGUGCGGUGGCCACCGUCCCCAUCCUGCUCGUAAUGAUCUUAGGUGCAGUGUGCCGCUUUUGUACCGCCUCAUUUGGCUUGCAGGAUGCACCUUCCAAAAGACACGUGAUUCAGCAGCUGUUUGUCACUUCAUCCUUGGAGUUGUUGUUCCUCUACACACUCAACCUCGUUGUUUUGGCAGUCUUGGUUCCUAAAGAUGAACUUAAGUUAGUACCAUUGCUGAUGGUCAUGUUCAUUCUGGGCAGGCUUGUAUACUGGGCCAGCCUGAAUGUGUGCAGCUCCAUGCGAGGCUUCGGCUCCGGCCUGACUGUCUUCCCACUCAUCGCCUUGGUGGUUCGAAAUGCGAUUCUGAUAUACACCAUGUUCCCGAGAGAGCCGUUAUUUGCCUUUGAGAUCCCGUCAAUCCAGACAGUGGUGGCCACUGAAAUCCCAGACUCUCAAUUAACACGUGUGCACUCCUUAAGGAAACCUUUUCAAAACUAG